UCGUCUCCUUUCUUUUUCGCCCCUCUCAUGAGAGCCUCCAAUAAAGGAACCAUUUCCAUCCUAUCUCUCACACUCUUCACCUUUGAAUUCCCCAUUUAUUUCCCCAGUAAGCUCUCCCCAGAAAUUCAAUUCCUUAUAAUCUUUAUAAUUAAAGAAAGUUUUCUUCACCCUCCAAGCUCAGGCUGCUACUUUGUAGUGUAUUGGUUUUGUCGUUAAGGAUGGUCGCGUUCGGGAAGAAGUUGAAAGAAAAUCAAAUUGAAGAAUGGCGAGAAUACUAUAUUGACUAUAAGUUUCUGAAGAAGAAAGUCAACCGUUAUACACAACAAAUUGAUGUUGGGGCAGAAAAUCAACUAUAUGUUCUCAAGGAUUUCUCAAGAAUGCUGGACUGUCAGAUUGAAAAGAUUGUCUUGUUUCUGAUACAACAGCAAGGACUACUAGCAAGCAGAUUAUUGAAUCUAGGAGAAGAGCAUGAUGCUCUUUUACAGCAAUCAGAUGGUUCUAAAAUACCUGAACUACGAGAAGCAUAUAGAGUGGUUGGACAUGAUCUCUUAAAGCUCCUCUUCUUUGUGGAGAUGAAUGCUACUGGUUUACGAAAGAUUCUGAAGAAAUUUGAUAAGCGCUUUGGCUAUAGAUUUACUGAUUACUAUGUUAAAACCCGUGCAAACCAUCCUUAUUCCCAGCUGCAACAGGUGUUCAAGCAUGUGGGCAUUGAGGCUGUUGUUGGAGCCAUAUCUCGCAAUCUUGCAGAUCUCCAAGAUCAUGAGGGGAACUACAUAUCAAUAUAUGAUCAGCCUUCAUUAAGCCACCCGGAUCCCAUCAUUGACUCUAUUAGAGCGGCUGUAAACAAGUUAUCAAACUCAACAAAUUUCCUUGAGUACUUGGGGAAGCAUGCAUUCAUUAUUCAAGAGGAAUUACCAACUUCCUCCGAAGAAAGCUUCAUUGAGCAGAAUUAUCAUUUUAUGUCACUUCUCCUGAACUUGGUGAACACGUUUCUUUAUAUGGUCAACACAUAUAUUAUUGUUCCAACAGCAGAUAACUACUCCCUGAGGCUUGGAGCUGCAGCGACUGUUUGUGGUGUCAUUAUUGGGUCAAUGGCUGUUGCACAGCUGUUCUCUUCAAUAUAUUUUAGUGCAUGGUCAAAUAGAUCAUAUUUGAGACCUCUUGUGUUUAGUAGCAUCAUUCUUCUAGCGGGUAACACCUUAUAUGCACUGGCUUAUGAUCUUAAUUCAAUAUCAGUCCUUCUGAUUGGUCGACUUUUCUGUGGGUUAGGCUCUGCAAGAGCUGUUAACAGGCGUUACAUCAGUGAUUGUGUACCACAUAAACUGAGAAUGCAGGCUUCUGCAAGUUUUGUCAGUGCAAGUGCACUUGGAAUGGCAUGUGGUCCAGCUCUUGCUUGCUUACUUCAAACUAAUUUCAAGAUUUACAAACUAACGUUUAAUGAGGACACUUUACCUGGCUGGGUGAUGGCUUUCUUGUGGCUUGCAUACCUACUGUGGCUGUGGAUUUCUUUUAGAGAACCUUCACGCGAGACUAAAGAACUUGUGCCACAACAAACUAAUUCUGGGCUGUUUGUAAAUGAUGGCGCUGUAGAGAGUGGUUCUACGCAGCCAUUGCUUUUAAAAUCAGAAGCUGAGAAUCAAGAUGAAGCUACAUACCAAGAACUUGAGGAUGGUGAUGAAGAUUCCGAGGGAAGUCAUGAACCUGUCACUUCAAUUGUAUCAGCAUAUCGACUACUCACACCAUCAGUGAAGGUGCAGCUAUUCAUUUAUUUUAUGCUCAAAUAUGCAAUGGAGACUUUACUUGCUGAAUCAAGCGUCAUCACUGGAUAUUACUUUAUCUGGUCAACCAGCAGUGUUGCAAUUUUUCUAGCAUGUCUUGGGCUGACAGUGCUUCCUGUAAAUGUUUUGGUUGGAAGCUACAUCAGCAACAUAUUUGAAGAGAGACAGGUUCUACUAGCAUCUGAAAUUAUGGUGUGCAUAGGUAUACUUCUAAGCUUCAAUAUAUUGAUCCCUUAUUCUGUGCCUCAAUAUGUCGGCUCAGCACUGAUCACUUUCGUAUCAGCUGAAGUCCUUGAAGGUGUGAACUUAUCACUAUUAUCACGAGUAAUGUCAUCAAGGCUUUCUCGAGGGACAUACAAUGGAGGGUUGCUUUCAACAGAAGCAGGGACCUUGGCUCGAGUAAUUGCAGAUGGAACAAUAACACUGAGUGGAUACUUGAGUGAAAGUAGGCUCUUGAAUGCCACUCUACUUCCAUCACUCUUCAUUUGUAUCUCCUCCAUUGUUGCCACUUGCCUCACCUACAACUCUCUCUACUGAUUCCCUUCCAUUUUCAUCACAUGUAUAUCUAUUGUACAGCCUAAUCUCAAUCUCCAGGCAUCUAAUGUUUCGCUGCUAA